AUGGCGUCAGACUACAGAUAUACCGGCGCACUCGAGAUGCAACACCGAACGCGAAAAGAACGUCGAUUCGACGAGACCGAACACGAUCUACCCGACUUCUCGGGCACUAUAUCGCCAAUUACUUCGGUGUUGAGCACCAAGGACAAGAUCUACGACGUCCUCUCCUACCUGGGCCAGAAGAACCCCCUUCCGCGCCCGGUCACGUCCGAAGACACUGUAUGGCUGCUCGACAAUACCGCGUAUCGCAACGAGAAGACCGGGAAGUGGGAGGCCGAGUAUGUCGCAGCCGCAUUCUCGCAGCACUCAUCAUGUGCCGUCAUCGACGCUGUUAGUGCCAUCGCAAAGAAGAUCGAGCUGGAAGAGAGCGACCCAGCUUAUUCCACGAUUGAAGAGAGACUCCGACCUUUCGUCCAAGACAUCAAGCCCGGGACGCAGGUCAAGGCGCUCUACGCGGGGGAGAAAGCAAUGAAACUCGGGCCUGGAGGCAGAAACGGCAUCAGCAGUGACAUCCAGAAGUUGCCGGACAGCAAAGAUGGCGCGCUUCUUGUGCCUUCAUACGCCGAAGUUCCCAAGGGCGCCAAUGGCCUUCUCGAGAUGAAAACCUUCUACGCCAAGCCCGAGGGCUGGAGCGUCAUAUCUGACAUCGAUGAUACGAUCAAGGUCACGCAGACCAGUGAUCCCAUCGGUAUCCUACGAACAACCUUCUUCGACACCCCUCAAGUAAUCGCUGGAAUGCCAGAAUUGUACCGAUAUAUCCAGUCGCUGAUCAAGGACACUUCGCCAUGGUUUUACCUUUCCGCGUCGCCAUACAACCUGUACCCAUUCCUACGCGACUUUAGACAACGGAACUACCCUCAUGGCACCAUCGUCUUGCGCGACUCGAGCUUGAUGAGUAUCCCGGGGCUCUUGACGACACUUACGCUCGGAACAGAGGACUACAAAGUCGAUCGGAUGGAGAAGAUCAAUUCCUGGCUGCCUAAGAGGAAGAUGAUCUGUAUCGGUGACUCGACGCAGUCGGAUCCUGAAGCAUAUGGCGAAGUUUAUCGAAAGUAUCCCAAUUGGGUCAAAGUCAUCCUCAUUCGCAAAGUCGAGGAUAUUGCGGCCAUUGGGAUCGAGGCAAAGAACGAGCCUGAGCGCUUCGAGAAAGCAUUCAAGGGUGUGCCUCGCGAUGUGUGGCACGUAUUCACGAACCCAGCAGAAUGCAACCAGAUCAUUCAGCAGGCUCGCCAGAAGUCCUCCAAAGACGUGCCGUACGAGCUCCUCUACUGGCCGUCGAUCCCCGGCCGCGGCGAAUUCGUCCGUCUUGCUCUGGAAGAGGCCGGCGCCGAGUACACCGACACAGCACACAUGGAAAAGGGCAUCGACCAAGUCCUCGCGCAGAUCAGCGAGGAGAACACAGGCGACUUCAACAACCCGCCGCCCCUCGCCCCGCCCAUCCUUCGCCACGGCGACCUCGUCAUUAGCCAGACGCCCAAUAUCCUGCUCUACCUUGGCUCAUGCCUGGGCCUCGUCCCCUCGAGCGAAGACGACUCGGAUGGUGUAUACAGGGUCAAUGCGCUGGCGCUGACGGCGCUGGACGGGCUGAGUAACGAGGUCCACGACUGCCACCACCCCGUUGCGACGAGCCUGUACUACGAGGACCAGAAGGAGGAGGCUGUCAAGAAGAGCAAGGACUUCGUGCAGAACCGGCUGCCCAAGUUUCUGGGAUACUUCGAGCGCGUGUUGCAGAGCAGGGCGAGUGGUGACGGUCCGUGGCUCUACGGGGGACAGUUGACGUAUGCGGACUUGGUGUUGUUCCAGUGCAUUGAUGGAACCAAGUUCGCGUUCCGAAAGGCCAUGGCUGCUGCCGAGUAUUCGGGCAAGUACGUCCACGUCUUUCAGCUGUACGAUGCCGUCAAGGAGAGGCCCAAGAUCCAGGAGUACCUCGCCAGUGAUCGGAGACAGGACUACUCGAUGGGCAUCUACCGGUACUAUCCUGAGCUCGAUUUGGAGGACGAUAAGGUUCCUGCGACCACGGCGGGAGUGCACGCGGUGGGGGCUUGA